AUGUUCCGCAGUCCUUCUGGUGGCUGUGUCGACCUUGUCAAUCCUCAAACGCAGGUAUCGGACUGUCCGCUGCAAAAAGCACUUUGCAAUGAUCCCGUCUACCUCGACGUUAUGAAGGAGCAAUGCCCUAAAACUUGUGGACUUUGCGGCAAUAAUGGAAUCCUUUAA